CUCUUGCAAACCGAGAAGCGCAGCCGGUAAGGGAGAUGGGGGAAGGUGUGAGAGCGACGCAGUGAGGAAAGACGGGAUCUGUGACAAACACAGGCACAGACACAGACACAGACAGACAGACAGUCAGGCAGCCGAGCGAGACAGUCAGUCGCACAGCGUCCAGCAGCCACCCGCAGACGCAGGCACUCGCUUCGCCGUGCAAGAUGCAUCGACCCCUGUGCUUGCUGUGUGCUGUUUGUCUCGUGUGUGUCACAGCCUCAGAGGUGUCGGUCGCUGCGUGGUAGUGGCUGAGAGUGACUGACCUCUGUUUGUCUGUCGUGAUCUGAUCACUCAAUCGCCAUGGAGGUACGCCGCCAAGCGAACAAGGCUCAUGCACACGACGCACACGGCACAUGUGCACCUGUGUAUUGCUGACCGACCGACCCAUCAGGCUGGCAGCAAGUUUUGGGCCAAGGGCGGCGGGUCGUCGUCGGAGGAGAGCGAGGAGGAGUCAGAGGAGGAGGAGCAGCAGGUGGGAGGCCUAGGAAUGUCGUCACUCGCAUCUCCUGCUCAUGGGCUGGUUGGUUGGUUGGUCGAUUCGUUCGUUCAUCAGGUGCAGCUGCGUCCCGGGCUGGCCAAGUGGGCAGUGGAGUCGUCGAGUGAUGAGGACGAGAAGCGCGUGGUCCGCAGCGCACGCGACAAACGAUUCGACGAAAUGAGAACCGUACGCUCACACAGAUUCACGUGAAUCACGUGUACGCGGUGACGCUGUGGGAUGUCUCGAGUAUAUGUGUCUGUCUGUGUGCUUGAUUGUCUUUGUCAGGCGGUGCACAACAUGCGCAACCACAUCCGCAUCGGCGACUUCUCUGAGCUGCUGACCGACUACGAGGAUUUGCUGAAGAGCCUUGUCAAGGCCCGCCAGAUCGUGGACGAACAGGGCAAACCAAAGUUCUUCGUCAAGGCCAUUUACGAGCUGGAGGCAAGCAACGAAGACAGACGCAUCUAUGGCUGCGUGUGCAACGGUGUGUAUCUGUGUGUGCAGGAGUUCAUAUCGACGACGUAUGCAGACCGCGUUGCCUUCAAGAAGCUGAGCAAGAGCAAGGCCAUCGCCUUCAACACGCUGAGGAGCAAGGUCCGCAAGGGCAACGAGGAGUUCCGCGAGGACAUCGACCACUGCAGAAUGGUCAGUCGCUUGGCGCGGACGCCGACUGACCACACGGAUGGCUAUAUCUAUGUGUGUGUGUGUGUGUGUGUGGUGGCAGGACCCCGACGUGUACGACGAAGACGAGGAGGGCGGCGACGAAGACGAAGACGAAAGCGAGGUAACCUAACCUCACUCUCUCGCCCUCUCCUCAUCCCCCCACCCCGCAAUCGCUGGUGUGCUGGUGUGUGUGGACGUACCCAUCUUAAUCAAUCAGUCUGAGGAGUCUGACGAGUCAGAGGAGAGCAGCGAGGAGGAGGGCGGCGGGGCCAAGGCCGGCAAGGACAAGGACGAAGACGAGGAAGACGAAUCGGAGAGCGAAGACGAAUCAGACUGGGACGAUGACGGUAAGCACCUAUAAAUGUACGCUGUACUCACACACACACACACACACACUCGCAUGGUGGUUGGCUGCAGAGAACGAGGAGGCAUCGGACACCGAAUACGCCGACAAGCACAGCAAGGCCCUCGCCAAAUGGGGGUACGCUGCCUGUCUUGUCUGCCUGGCAAAAGGGGGAGGGAGAGCAGAGCGACAUUAUCGUAUACAUAUUGUGGUGUCUGUGUUUUGCGUGCAAUGCAGCGCGAAGGGCGGUGGCGGUGAGGAAAAGAAGCCCAAGAAGACCGAGGAGGAGAAGAAAUUGCGACAGGCAGACAAGAAAAGUGAGCCAGCCAGGGAGACACACAGAGGGGAUAGACAGAGGGAGAUGAGCAUGUGCAUUGUGUGUCCCUCUCUGCUGCUGCACAGUCAAGGAGCCCAAAAAGAUCAAGCGGGAGAGAAUCGCCGAGUACGCACACACACGUGUGCUGCAAUCAUGCAGAUCAAAAACAUCACACAUUCACACACGCCACACCGGCAUUGUCCCGUUGGCAGGGCCGAACGUGACAUGGAGAAUUUCGUCGGCUUUGAAGCCAUCGAUUCGCCGUCGGCACUCAAGAAGAGCGUCGCCGAAGUCAUCGCAUCACGGUCACUCAGCACACACACACCACACCACACCACAGCCAAGUGGUGCACACCCGUCCUCGCCGUCUGCUGUGCGCUUGUGGUUGUGCAGAGGCCGCAAGGGCACUGACCGUCAAGUGCUCAUCAAGUACGUGGCAGCGAGCCAGGAGAAGGAAGGGAACCUGCACACGUGUCGAAUGUGUCUCGUUGGCUGUGCCUGUCUGGUCUGCAGGCAGCUGACUCGUCUGCUGCACGUGGCCGAGAAGAACAAGCUGGGAAUCGACAGCGAGCUCCUGGUAAACACACACACACUGGACACACACACACACACACACACACACGGGCAGCAUACACACGCGUGUGUGUGUAUUGUGUUCAUUGCAGGUGUUGUCUCUGCUGAUCUCGUCGCACUUCGACACUGCAUCGGGAGUGUUCUCGUGCCUCACCGCCAGCAUAUGGGCCGACACCACCACAUACGUCGACAUGAUGGUAUGGUACCCACACACGCACACAGACAGACCCUCACUCGUUCGUUCAUCUGGUCUCUCUGGGUGCGGUGCAUUGAUUGCGUCGAAUCGAAUCGCUCUGUGUGUCAUCCAUCCAUCAGGUUGACAUGCUCAAGAAGAACCCCGGCCUGUGCAUCCAGUCGGUCGAGGGCGACGAGGAGGCCAUCGUCGAGAAAGACGAAUCCGGAAAAGAAAUCGACGGUCGGUCAAGCCCCCUCCCCCCUCCCUCCCUCUACGCACACAUAUGUCUGUCUGUCUGUCUCACUUCUCCCUCCCUCGCAGCCAAGGCGCGCACGUUCAUGGUUAUGUCGUCGCACCUUGAGCGCCUCGACGACGAGCUGACCAAGGCAUUGCAGUUCACGGACGUGCACACGCCCGAGUAUGCGGAGCGUCUGGGUCAGUCGCUGGACUUCCUCACCCUCCUGUGGAAGGUGUACGUAUGGCUCAAGGACACCGAGAAGACCCAGGAGGUCGUCAAGGUGGCGCUGCGCAUACUGGAGCAGAUCUACUACAAGUGAGAGGGAGGGAGGGAGGGAGGGAGGGAGAUUGGGUGUGAUUGAUAUGUUUGUAUCUCUCUAUCUUUCUCUCUCUGCGUGUGUGUGUGUGUGUGUAGGCAUCGUUCGAUAGCGUCGCGUCAGUGGGUGCUGACCAAGAAGAGAGCGCAGGACAAGGGAUGGGAAAGCGCAAACCUACUCCCAGACGUACGCAGGCAGCUGAUCGACACACGAGCCCCCCCCCCACACACACAGGCCUGCACAUGAAUGAAGAUGUGCACCACGAGUGCGCCCAUGCUGAAUGCACUGCAGCCCGAGAAAGCGGAGGAUGUCGUCAAGGAGCUGGUUCAGCUGGUCUACCAACACGGUGAGUGAGCAGCCAAACAACCUGAAAACAAAGCAAAAGACAAACGAAUGUCGCGCGACUCGACUGCCCUCUUGUGUGUGUGCAGGUGACGAGAAAGCCCGACUCCGCGCGAUGCUCUACGAGGUGACCUUCACCGCCCACGCCCCCUGCACACACCCACCCACCCCCACCCCCAACACACGCACAUCCGUCCAUCCCGUCCUGAUUGCAGGCCUAUCAGCAUUCCCUGCACGACCGCUACGACGCCGCCAAGGACCUGCUGCGCCUCACCAACGCGCAGGACCUCGCCAUGCAGUAUGACGUGUCGGUGCAGAUUCUCUACAACCGGAACCUCGUGCAGGCGGGGCUCUGCGCCUUCCGACACGGCAAGAUCGCCGAGGCACACGCCAGCCUCAUGGAGGUGUGCGCUCAGGCCAAGCUGAAGGAGCUGUUGGCACAGGUGAGCGAGUGAGUGCGUCUCUAUCUAUCGGUUCGGUUCGACUCGUGUGGUGGGGCGGUCGGCAUCUUGCUGUCUGUGUCUGGUUGGUUGGUUGUGUUGAUUGUGGGUGCCGGCAGGGUAUGUCCAACCUCCGCCCAGAGCAGCGCACGCCCGAACAGGAGAGGGCGGAGAGGCGCCGGCAGCUGCCGUACCACAUGCACAUCUCGCUGGAGCUCAUCGAAUCUGUCCACCACAUGUAGCCACCACAAGACACACAGAGACAGACAGACAGACAGAGAGAGAGAGAAAAAAAGGCGAGAGAGACGUGUGUGGCUGUGUGUGUGUUCCUGCCUGCCUGCCUGCCUCCUUGUCUGUCUGUGUGUCAGUUGUGCGAUGCUGCUGGAGGUUCCCAAUCUGGCCAUGCAGCCGUACCAGUCGCUCGACACGCGCAAGAGGGUCAUCUCAAAGUACUUCAGGAAACAGCUCGACGCAUACGAGAAACAGGUCUUCACCGGCCCCCCUGAGAACCCUCGCGAGACCGUCAUGGCGGCCACAAGAGCCCUGCAAAAGGGUGAGUGAGGGGAGCCAAGAGCGGCACCAAGUACCUCUCUCUCUCUCGCCGUCUGGGCUGCUUGUGUGUGCGUUAGGCAACUGGCAGGAGUGUUGCGACUACCUGUUUAGCCUGCGGAUCUGGGAGCUGCUGCCCAGCAGCAGCGAGGAGGAAAUGAAACGCGUCAAGGCCAACGUCACCGAGCACGUCAAGAGGGAGGCCCUCAGGACAUACCUCUUCACCGUAAGCUGAGCAGCGGCACCUCACCAGGCUGCAGCGAGCCAAGCAGCCUGGGGUGGCAUAGCAGAGAGGGGGAGAGUGAGUGGCGGGCGAUUCGGGUGAGUGCUGGAUUGAUUGGUUUGUGCGUGUGUGCAGUAUAGCAGUUUGUAUGAGUCGUUCGCGCUCACCCAGCUGUCCAAAAUGUUCGACCUGCCCGUCAAGGAAAUCCACCGAAUCGUCAGCAAGGUCCGUCACACACACACUCCCACUUGAACACACACAAGCCACUCCCUCCCUCCCUCCCUCUGAAUGUGUGUGUGUCCAUCUUUCUCUCUCUGUCAGAUGAUGAUCUCCCAAGAGAUCCCGGCCACCUGGGAUGAGUCGUCGGAGUGCAUCCUGGUCCACCGCAUCGACCCGAACCCCAUCCAGUACCUCGCCACACAGCUCGCCGAGCGCGUCGCUCAGACCGUCGAGGUCAACGAGCGCAUGGCCGAGUCCAAGAAGGGCCGCGGCCCGCCUCUCGACCGCCCAAUGAUGUUCUUCCAGGACCGCGACGACCGCUACGCCGAGACGUCAUACGAGCGCCGGAGCGGCUAUGGCCCCUCUUACGGCGGGGGGCAAUACGGCGGCAGGGGCGGCGGCUUCCGGCUUGGCUACCGAGGGGGCUACGGUGGCGGCCGGGGAGAAGGCGGCCGAGGUGGCGGGUUCCGCGGGCGGGGCGGGGGCAUUGGCUACGGCUACCGCGGGAGCACCGGGGGCGGCCGGGGGAGAGGGGGGUACUGAGGCGUGUGGUGAGGGGGGUGGGUGUGUUUCAAGCAUUCAUCGGGUGGGUGAAUGGAUGGGCGGUGGGGAUUUUAAUGAGGGGCGAUGUGGCCUGUCUGUGAGUGAGCGCAUGGUGCGUGGGACGGGCGGCGGGCGGUGUGUGACUCUGUGCUGGGAGUGCGUCGCACUGCUGUCUGCCUGCCUGCCUGCCUGGUUGGCGAGACAUUUUUUCAUGACACACCUCUCGUGGCUGCAGGAUGAAGCGUAAGGUGUGUCGGUCUGAAUGAAUGGGCGUGUGCGUGUUGGUGAGGCCACACAACAGACACAGCUGACAUUAAACAUGAACACACUGGUCCUUCCACAGAUACAUGGACUUGUGUCAGUCGGAGCACACCGUCCA